AUGUUAGAUCACAUUCGCUACUCACGCGAAGAUAUAGCCUCCGAGGAUCUGAGGCCUACAGAACUGGUAGUGGCUAUGGGCUUCCAUACUGAUGCAGAUGCUGGACAAAUUCAGUCAAUGAUGAUGGUAACCAAAAGCCAGUCUGGUGGUAACCAGUAUCUGUCCAGUUUCAACCAUAUAUACGCGGAUCUCCAGAACUCUCGUCCAGAAGUGCUCUCCACUCUUGCUCACGACUGGCACUGGGAGAACCCGUUCCGAAAGCCUGUCAUGAGACCUAUCGUUGCCGUAACGGAAAAUGGACCCCAGAUCAAUUACGGUCGCACUUUUCUUGCAGGACAUGCGAAGUAUCCUCGAAGCGCCUCAGCGCCAGCACUGACCAAGGAGCAAGCACAAGCACUAGCGAUUCUCGCAGAUACAGCAGAACGGUAUGCUUUUCGACUUGAUCUGGAGUCAGGGGACGCCGUUUUCAUCAACAAUCUAAACAUGCUGCAUAGCCGUGACGAGUUCAAGGACGACUCUGAUCCAUCGUCGCAGCGUCAUUUGAUGCGUUUGUGGCUCAAUGAUGAGCACUACGCCCAUGCCGUUACGCCGCAGCUAAAAUGCGCUUCGGACGACCUCUUCGGUUACAGACCUGAAGACCAAGACUACAAGACACUCUCGGAAUGGCGUUCUACUGCACGAAGACAACGAAUAACAAAUAUUGGACACUCAUCUUCGAACCCUGCGCUCGAGAAGGACUUAGCAGCGGCAGAGGGAUUGAGGAAGGAUCAUCGCACGAUAAGUAACGAUAAUACUUUCUACGAGGCCGCUGGUGCGCGCGCAGAAUCUGCAAGUGUCUCGAAACCAGCCACAGCUCAGCGAAAAUUCAAGUCGGAGGCCGAAUCGGUACAAUCGCGAACGCAUGAUUAG